AUGAGUUAUUUAAGGGCUGAUGCGGCCAGAGGGCUCGUCGUUUGAAGACUCUCUCGGAAGAGAUAGCGUCUCUCUGCAACCUGCGGUCCCAGCAGAGAAACCCUGUGAUCCCUGUUCCAGGCGACAUGGAGCACGACUCACUCUCCUCGGGGGGUGAGUGGCACUUCAACCGCUUUUCAAAACUCACAUCUUCUCGGCCACAUGCAGCUUUUGCUGAAAUCCAGCGGACUUCUCUCCCUGAGAAGUCACCACUCUCAUCUGAGACCCGUGUCCACCCCUGUGAUGAUUUGGCUCCUGUGGCAAGACAGCUUGCUCCCAGGGAGAAGCUUCCUCUGAGUAGCAGGGGACCUGCUGCGGUGGGGGCUGGGCUCCAGAAUAUGGGAAAUACCUGCUACGUGAAUGCUUCCCUGCAGUGCCUGACAUACACACCGCCCCUUGCCAACUACAUGCUGUCCCGGGAGCACUCUCAAACUUGUCAUCGUCACAAGUGCUGCAUGCUCUGUACUAUGCAAGCUCACAUCACACGGGCCCUCCACCGUCCGGGCCAUGUCAUCCAGCCCUCACAGGCAUUGGCUGCUGGCUUCCAUAGAGGCAAGCAGGAAGAUGCCCAUGAAUUUCUCAUGUUCACUGUGGAUGCCAUGAAAAAGGCAUGCCUUCCCGGGCACAAGCAGGUAGAUCCUCACUCUAAGGACACCACCCUCAUCCACCAAAUAUUUGGAGGGUACUGGAGAUCUCAAAUCAAGUGUCUCCACUGCCAGGGCAUUUCAGACACCUUUGACCCUUACCUGGACAUCGCCCUGGAUAUCCAGGCAGCUCAGAGUGUGAAGCAAGCUUUGGAACAGUUGGUGAAGCCCGAAGAACUCAAUGGAGAGAAUGCCUAUCAUUGUGGUCUUUGUCUCCAGAAGGCGCCUGCCUCCAAGACGUUAACUUUACACACUUCUGCCAAGGUCCUCAUCCUCGUAUUGAAGAGAUUCUCCGAUGUCACGGGCAACAAACUUGCCAAGAAUGUGCAAUAUCCUGAGUGCCUUGACAUGCAGCCAUACAUGUCUCAGCAGAACACAGGACCUCUUGUCUAUGUCCUCUACGCUGUGCUGGUCCACGCUGGGUGGAGUUGUCACAACGGACAUUACUUCUCUUAUGUCAAAGCUCAAGAAGGCCAGUGGUAUAAAAUGGAUGAUGCCGAGGUCACUGCUUCUGGCAUCACUUCUGUCCUGAGUCAACAGGCCUAUGUCCUCUUUUAUAUCCAGAAGAGUGAAUUGGAAAGACACAGUGAGGGUGUGUCAAGAGGCAGGGAACCAAGAGCCCUUGGCCCUGCAGACACAGACAGACGAGCAACGCAAGGAGAGCUCAACAGAGACCCCUGCCUCCAGGCACCCGAGUUGGACGAGCACUCGGUGGAAAGAGACACUCAGGAAAGCACCUUAGACCACUGGAAAUUCCUCCAAGAGCAAAACAAAACGAAGCCUGAGUUCAACGUCAGAAAAGUCGAAGGUACCCUGCCUCCCAACGUAGUUGUGAUUCAUCAAUCAAAAUACAAGUGUGGCACCAAAAACCAUCAUCCUGAACAGCAAAGCUCCCUGCUAAACCUCUCUUCGACGAACCCGACAGAUCAGGAAUCCGUCAACACUGGCACACUCGCUUCUCGGCAAGGGAGGACCAGGAGAUCCAAAGGGAAGAACAAACACAGCAGCAGGGCUCUGCUUCUGUGCCAGUGAUCUCAGUGGAAGUGCUGACCCACACGUAGGGGUGCACACACACACACACACACACACACACCCGGGCGCACACACACAGACACACACACACACAAAUACACCCACAAGCGCGCACGGAAUCACACAGGCACCCACACAAACACCUACACCGUCAGUCCUUCACAAAGCAAUGAGGAGCCCAAGUAUCUGCCUGUACAACGGGGACAACUGGAUAGUGAUGGCUGCGUCUCAGGAUGAGCCCACACAUGGGAAACAUCAAGUUUUGGGGUCGUGAGUCUUCCCAACCUGUGGAGGGCCUCUCUGUGUGUUUGCGUUCACGGUAGAUGACAUUCAGUGUGCAUUUCUAAACAUGACAUAUUGACGUGUGGGUUUGCCUGUCAGGUUAUUGCAGGGGACUGGGUUUACUAUUUUCUCUUCGGGUGUGUUCCAUCCGUCAGCUGUUGGUCGGCAGGAUGAAGGUGAAAUUAUGCUAAUGCGGGACAUCUGUGGAUCAUUCUCGCCACCUUGAAUAGUGGAAACUGGAAUGCAUUUGGAAGACAGGAAGGGUGUUCUUCGUUGGUACCCUGGCUCGCCGUUUUUACGUUGGUUUUUGAAUGGACCUCAGGCGCCCUAGGACUUGUGCUCUCGGUGGAACCCACAUAACGCCGGAAACUCACAGACCGACUUGCCUGUUUCACGGUGUCCACUUCCAACGAAUUGAAAUGAAAAAUUUUCCCACGGGCAUGUAAGUCGUUUGGAAGGAAGUCGUAGGGAUAACAAAGGAAAUCAAACACAGGAGUGUGUGUAUUCAACUAAAACCACAUCAGAAAGCCCUGAAGUAAAUCUCAUUUGGUGUGUUUACAAAUGGCAUUUGGGGAGAUUGCAGGUCAGGCGUCCAGCUGCGAAAGCUGCAUCUCUGAAGCACAGUCCCUGUCCUGUCAUCAGACUUCUUUAUCCGACGUGGUGUUUCAGUGGAAAUGAUUGCGGGAAAUGGCCCCUUCCUUUUCUGUAUUUGCUGAUGAGAUUUCACGGUCCCUUUCUCGUUAGGUGCAGUGACCAAAGUUGACCAACCCCUGAGGAAAGUUGUCCAGGGCACAACUCAGGGCUCCGUAGAACCACAGAAUCUUGGGGGCAACCCUGCUCGAGCACCCAAGUGCGCAUACCAACAGGGUCUCUGUGUGACGUUGUGUGAAAACUACAGUGUGAUGAGCAUGAUUCGCAGACAGGUUAUCGAUUGGGAUCACCUCUAAAUCAGUUAUGAGCAUUAAAGGACACCCAUGCCCAGGUCCCGCCUCCAGGAAGAAGACCCUCCAGCGUUUUGUGUGAAGCCACGGCAUCUGGAUUCCUCAUGCUUCUGGGGAUCAUUCUCCUGGAAAUGGUGGCUCCUUUCUCCCUGUGGAGCGUCUUUCUAAGCAGUGCUCCUUUCUUCCCCCAGGACGCUUUACCUCUGGCACGGGAAGCCUUCUGAUUGAGCACGCCUGGCCUCAUGAAAAGACAAGGGAAAGAAACGGGGCCAAAGGUCACAGUCCUCUCAUUCCACCAUCCUCCUUGAAACCAUCCCAAUUUCACGGGCCCAGAGGCCAGGGCUGUGUGUUUACACCUCGAGGCCUCGGCACCGGGCCUAAAUUCUGCCCCGUUUCUUCCUGUCUAACACAUUUUGGGAAAAUCCCUAGAGCCAGGAUCUUCAUUCCUGCUAAGCUAGGGAGCCUGCAGACACACCCAAAUUCUGUCCCUCUUAGUUCAGGGAACAUGUCCACUUUCAUCAUCAUUCAAAUUUGCACCAAAUGUGCUAACUGCAAUUCCACCACACAAUGCGUGACCACAAGUGGAGGCAACAUCUCAGAUCCUGAACAAUUGACGCAAGAAUCCAUGAGAUACACGGCUUAUUUUUGCCUUUUCCCACUGAAACGGGGGCCAGUGUUAACAAUGUUAGACAAUCCUCUGUUUCACUCCCUGUUUUUAAAUGUCUCCGAUGGUUUCUUCUUGAGACACGGCCUCACUCCCGCCACCCGGGCUUUUCUACGGGGUAGUUUUCCUUGUUUGCUUCUGUCAAAUUUACAACUUUUUAUUUCAUCCCUAUCAAUUGUUGAUCCAUUAGCACAUAGCUAUGAAAAUAUUAUCACCCAUGCUGUGAGAUACGUUGUUGUUAUGUUCAUCAUUUCUUUAAUAAACCGAAGCUUUUAGUUGGGA